UCUAAUAUUACCAAAGCUCAUAAAGUACAAUUAAUAGACGCUGAAAAUGAUUUCUUUGCUUAGGCUAUGUCACCUUAUUUAAGCAAAUAAAUGUUAAUUGUUUAUUCAUAACGAUUUUGCUAAACAAACCAAAGUAUCCUUUGUUGUAUCUUAUUGUUUUUCCACUAACUGUAUCACAGAUAAAAUCUGUCUGGAUCUUCCUUCUACAUUUACAAAGAGUCUGCGCAUGCGCGUGCUGCCACGACAGGCCGUGUUGUGUAUCUCUAUGGCAACAGCUGUUACAUGCUACUUUGAAGCUGAGGCCAACAGAGGAUUAGAGCGACCUGCUCUCUAAUGUACAGGUGCGCGUAGAGACCAGAUCUCUAGAAUAAAUAGGCCGGCUAAUGAAUUACCAUUCUCUAUUUUUGCACUUAACGAGAGGCAACACCAUACUUAAGUUUUAAAGGAGAAAGUGAAGAGAAAAUGAGUGGUUCUGCAGUCCAGAACACUCCGGAUGAGUAUGAGGAUGACUUUGAGAAAGACCUGGACUGGCUAAUCAGUGAGGAGAACAAGAGUGAGGAACAGGAUGAUGAUGACAUUGAAGCUCAGAUAGACAAAGAGCUUGAAGAAGAUGAGCAUAAAGAUGUACACAAACACAAGGAAGUGACUGAUGAAGAAGCAGAUGAACGGUGGCCAACGCCCAUGGAACCUUUGGAGGGUGUGUUAGAUACUGACAGGGACGACCUUGUAACCUCUCCACAUUUACAGAGCGACGAAGACCUCGAUGAAGAAAAGAAAUAUAUCUUGGAUAAAAUUCAAGAGGCUAACAAACAACUUCAGGACCAGGAUCCUCCAGACCACAGCCGGCGCAGACGGCUGCAGUUUAAAGACACUCUGGUUGACCUGGUGGUGCCUGCACAAGAGUUUGACGCUCAAGAGAACAACGGUGUCUCCUAUAGGGACUUAGAGGAAGAGCAAGAGGUGUCUGGACAAAUGGAGAGACUGAAGAUCUCUUCGAGAGAGGAAAGCGAGAUUGGAGAGCCUGAGGAUGAACAUAAUGAGGGAGCGAAGGAAGGACGGGUUUUGGUUGAGAAAGACGGUAAGUUUGAUUUAGUGAGUCUAAAGGAGGUGGAAAGUCAAGGACUGCUUCCUCCCUUGCCGUUUUCUCACAGCGACAAUCAGCGGGCAUCGUCACGGCAAAGUGAGUCUGGUCUCCAUCUCUGCAAGAGCCCCGUCUCCUCACCGGGGCAAAAUUCUACCUCACCUUUUCCCCCCGGUGCUGAGACUCUAUACAUCCCCAAACCUCCACCCAAGCACCGAAACAGACCCAGUUCUGCCAGACCGUCCCAAAGGGGAACAUGGGUUCAUGGCAACAAGCGCAGGGUCCAGUCUGCGAAUGGAGCUCCUUCACAUGCCACAUUCACUCUGUCACCGCAGCAGAAAGAAUUACUGGCUAAACUUCAACAGCGGAGAGAGAGGCAAGCGAAAGAGGAUGAGCUAAAGAAAAAAGAGGAAGAGGAACAGAAGCGCCAGGAGAAUGAGAUAGCCUUCCGAUCAUGGCUUAUGAGGAAGAGAGAACAGCUGCUGGAGGAGAGGAGAGUUCAGAAAGCCCAGGAAAUGGAAAGGAUGUACUGCAGGAGGGACUGCGGUGACCCAGAGGAGGCUUUUAAAAAUUGGCUCCAGAGAAAACAGGAACAGCAGUUCAAAGACAAGCAGUUGGAAGAGAUGAAGAGACUGGAAAAGGAGAGUGGCUUUUGCCUGCACAGCCGAGAGGAGAGCGAGAAGGCCUUCAGACAGUGGCUGAAGCGAAAGCGUACGGAGAAAAGAGCAGAACACCAGGCAGCUCGAGAGCGCUCACGCAGACUCAUGCUGGAAGAGCGCAGAGCAAGACGCAUGCAUGACCUCCACUGCACCGUCAAUGAGAUCAAACCCUUCCGAUUCAGCGAUCCCUACGGAUACCGCUACUGAUCACCUCAUAACAUACACACGUGACCGAUGUUACAACCAGGAUCUAAACUGAAGGUCCUCCAGUUCAGCAAUCGCUGUGGUUACUGCUUCAAGAGUCGUUGCCUAUUCACCUGUAUCUAUGGUUACUGUUCUAUUGAACUUCCUAAAGUUCUGUUGUCUCAUUUCCAUGAUACGGUGGAUGAAAGAACAUGCGGUUAGGAACACAGACGGGAGCUCUCUUUUAUUAAUUUUCCAUUCAUCCUUUUUCAAUAUACAGAGAUCAAACAGGUGCUUGAGUGGAUAUCCCUGUUCCAAGAGCUUUAGGCACUUAAAAUAAUUGCUACUCCAAGAUGAUUUAAUGGAGUUUUGCGUAACUGCUGAAUCACCGGAUAUUCUCAUUUUUUGUUUAGCUGGCCAUUCUGUAGUAUGCUACUGCAGCUACUGCAGGAACACUAUUAAUGCAGCAGAUCCAGAGCUACAAUGUGGGAAGUUGAUAUAAAAUGCAUUGGAAGAUGUUUAUACUUCAUCUAAGAAUAUUUUAAACAACAAUUCUUCAAAUUAUUAAACAAUCAGGAUUAUUAAACAAUCUAGGAAAAGUAAAAUUGUGUUUAAAAUAAUGACAACAUUCAAAUAAAUACACCAUGCCUUAUAGAUUCAUAAAGACUUGUAAAGUCUUUUGAUAUUUUAUUGAAGUUAAAUGUUUCACAUAUUUACAGAAAUCAAUCUAUUAAUAUAAAAAGUUUUGAAAACGAUCAUUAAUCUGACAACAAUUCCCAAAUCAUCCUCGAAACAUCAUUGUAUGCACACUACUGAUGAAGUUUGGAAUAAUUGAGACGCUUAUAAAUUACUGAUAUACAAGAAUGCAAUUUAUUUAAUAGCAAAGGUGUUUUUUUUGGCAGCCAUUACUCUUCAAUGUUUCACAAGCCUUAAUUAUAAAUUAAUUAUUUAAAUAUUUGAUCAAAUAAAUCCAUCACUAAGCUUAAGAGACUUCAAAAACAUUGU